CCGUUGACCGAACAGUGAUUCCAGCGUUUUUGAACUAGACGCGAUUACAUAAGCCACAAAACGGCCGGGAGAAACCGCCUGGUCACGUGCACCUAAGCUCCAACAUCAGCCCAUUCCGGGAAGCUUCAAUUGACGAUAUCGUCAAACCACGCACCGUACGAUUGCCGACCGGCCGCGAAACCUCUCCGCUCACGCUCACCACCAAACAAACACCGAUACAAUGGCGAUUCGGCCCAUCACCGGCAUGCUCCGCCGGGCACUGAUCACUGAUCUCGGCAUUGCCUUCUCAAUCGGAUUCGUCAUGGCCAACGGCUUCUGGUACGGUUACCACGUCCCUCGGACUGUUGCCCGCGACAACUACUACCGGAAGCUGGAGGAGACGCGCGCCGCCAGGCAAGGGGCAUAAGAAGGCACUGCGAGUGGGAUGACUGAGCAAAUGCCGGUGUACAUAUGACCGAGGGAUGAAAGGGCCGCGAGACCGCUAGGGGGGUCGGUUGUGUAUCAUAUGGAUAGACAAGGCCGGCAAUUCAGUCAGUGGACAGAACCAUGCCCGUUUUCUUGGGUCAUGCUCGACAUGGGGGGAAGCGCAGCGUCGUUCCGGGAUGAAAAUUUAGACGGAUUUAGCAUUCU